UUCUUAUUUUUUUGAAUAUGUUAAAAUCGAUUUUAUCACUAAUAGGUGUUGGCUUACUAUGGGGUGCAACAAAUCCAUUCAUACGUCUGGGAAGUAUCGGAAUUGAAAGUGUAAACUCAGGUUCGAGAUGGCGCAAUCUUUGGUUGGAGCUACGCAUGAUAACCACCCGUCUUAAUUACUGGGUACCCUUUCUUUUAAACCAAAUGGGUAGCGCUAUGUAUGUCUGGACUCUGCAGCAUACUAAUUUAACCAUAGCCGUUCCCGUGGCAAAUUCAUUGAGUUUUGCGUUCACAGCUGUGACUGGUUAUUUUUUAGGAGAAAAAUUGCCAGGAAAAUCAAUUAUGAUUGGGACUAUAUUUGUCUGCAUUGGCAGCUCGUUGAUGUUGUAUGAUAAGAUGAGUAGUGAACAAUAAUAAUGAAUAUCACAUUCCAAAUAAAAAUAUAAUAAAUAAUA